AUGAACAGGGCCGUCUACAAGGAGGGGGCGGGGGGGGGGCUAGACCCAGACCCAGACCCAGACCCAGACCCAGACCCAGACCUGCUGUGUCUGAGCAGAGAGCGGUGGGACGACGUGCAACAAAGGGCCGAGGUCGGGUUUGAACCCAAAACCGCCGCUGGGAUGUGGACCGUAGCCUCUGUGCACAGGCCGCAGAGUGAGUGUGUUUACAAGUGUUUGAACGAGUGCCAGAAACGAGGGAAGAAGGAGAGGAUAAAGCCAAGGAAGGAAGGAGGGAUGGUGGACAACUCCGGCAGCAGUAAGGCACAAAUGCCCAGCAUGUCUCAGGACCCCGGUGUGGCCUUUCCUCAGAGCACCUCUUCGGGGGGGAUGAAGCUGGAGGCGGUGAUGGAGCAGCUCCAGCGCCAGCAGCAGGCCCGCCUGGAAAUGGAGCGCAAGGAGAGGAAGCUGCGAGAGGCCCACAUCAUGUACGCUCAGCAGGUCGCCGCCCAGCAGGCCAUCCUGGCGGCCGCCCGGGCAUCUGGGGCCAGCUUCAUGGGCAAAGGCCUGCCCGUCGGGCUCCCAGUGGGCGGGCUGCCUCCACGGGUGUCCAAUCAGAGCAGCGUGGACUCGGAGAGAGAGGACGACGAGGACAGAGGUCGGGACUCCGGGGACGACGACGACGACGACAACGAGAUGAUGGAGGGGGACGAGGGCAGCGACGACGACGAGGGGAGCGCGAGCGGUUUGGAGUUUCUCCGCAAGCAGACCCUCGCUUUGCAGCAGAGCGCCGCCCGCAUCCCCGCCCGUCCGUACGGCGGUUACUCCGUAUCGGCGCCCCAGAGGGUCGCAUCCCCGCCUAUCAGGGUGAAGCAGGAACCGGACGAGGGUCUCUCUCCUGCGGGGCCUCACUCCGCUACGUCUCCUAACGGACAGGCCGACUGGGGCUUUGAGGAUCACUUCAGACAGGUGAGUGCACCGCUCGGGCUCCACGCCGCCACGCUUCCUCUCCCUUCGUUUAAGUCCUGCUUUGGCUUUCCUGUUUUUUUAAAGUGAUGUCGUUCAAUCUUUACCCUCGAGCACAGAAUCUCCUCCU